AUGCUCCGAUACAAGAUCAUCGCCUUCCUGGCGCUGUUCGUAGGCCUGGCCGCUGCACAGCAGAAGGUCAUGCCUUCCACGUACACGGCUUUCACGGAGUCUCCGUAUCCGGAGACAUCGGCGAAUCAGCAGAAGAACUUGGCCUCCGAUUACAUAAUCUACAAGGGCAGCAUGCAACCCCUCAAGUACACCGAACUCAUCCGCUCCGGCGAAAAGGUCGGCGGUGUCACCUUCGCCCAGAUCAAGACCACAGCCGGCGCGACUAUCCCUCACUCGUCGACUCUCACGAGCGUGGCCACAAUCACCGGCAUGAGUGCCGACAGCAAGUCCGCCACCCUCGCAUACGACGCCGCGAUCGGCAAAGAAGCUGCACACAGCAACACCAAGGUUUCCAACAUGGAGGAUUUCGUGUCUCUCCUCAAGACCCGCAACACCGCCAGUCCGAAUACUGUCUGGGCCGUUGUGCAUCUCGAGGAUCGCCCCGCGAACAUCCAGGUCCUCGAGCUCGAGCAGGCUGCAGCCACCGGUAUCCUCACCGUCAAGAAAAUUCACAAGGCUGACUUCUCCGCCGACGGCGGCCUCAUCGCCACCUGCGCUGGUUCCGUUUCCCCGUGGAACACCCACCUUGGAGGCGAGGAGUGGGGCGUCCCGAGCUCCCUCAAGUGGGACAGCGCCGUCACCGGUGCCUACACGUCGACUUCGGAUCUGGGCGGAGACGUUCUGUCGCUGCGCCAUCUCGGCCUCCACGACGAUGACCUCGCCACGAUUAAAAACUCUUGGACUCCGUACAUGCACCGCUGGGUCAACGAGGUCUCCAUCGACGAUUCCUCCAGCGUGUCAAGCCCGACCAUCACUGCCACCAAGCACUACUCCAUGGGCCGCUACUCCAUCGAGCUCCCGUACUGCGUCGGCGACUUUCCCCAGGUGUGCUACAUCACCGACGACUCCAACACCGGCGUCGCCGCGAUGUUUGUCCCUGACAAGGCCAACGACCUCUCCUCCGGCGAGCUUUUCGCCAUGAAGGUCACGCAGACAUCCACCAAGGGCGUCGGCGCCGGCAAGUUCGACGUCGAGUGGGUCUCCCUCGGCAAAGCCUCGGACUCGCAAGUCAAGACCCUCAUGGGGACGGCCGGCAGCUACAUCAAGUUCACCGACAUGUUUGAAAUCGGCACCAAGACCGCCGGCCCCAACGGCGAUUACGACUUCACUUGCGCUUCCGGCUUCAAGGCCACCGUCGUCGACGGCGGCGCGAUGUGCCUCAAGCUCAAGACCGGCAUGGAGAUCGCCGCCUCCCGAUUCGAGACCCGCAUCUACGCUGCCUACGUUGGCGCGAGCGCCCAGUGGCGCAAGCUCGAGGGCAUCACCUGGUCAAAGAACCGCAAGGAGAUGUACUUCGCCAUCUCUUCCAACGAAGCUUCCAUGGAGCACAAGCUUGACAGCAAGGGCGACCAUGCGGAAGGUGAUCACAUCGGCAUCGAGAAGAACACCUGCGGCUGCGUUUACCGCGCGCCCCUCGACGCCAACAACCGCAUCAAGUCCAUCUCUCCCCUCGUCUGCGGCGUCCCCACGUCCUUCAACACCGAGGACAAGCUUGGACACACGGACGGCGACGACAAAUGCGACAUCCACAACAUCGCCAACCCCGACAACGUCGCGUUCAUGAACGGCCACGACAUUCUCCUCAUCGGCGAGGACACCUCCAAGCACAAGAACAACGCCGUCUGGGCCUACCACAUGGAGACCCACGCCCUCACCCGCAUCAACACCGUCGUCCAGGAGGCCGAGACCACCGGCGUCUGGUACCACGAGAACAUCAACGGCUGGUCCUACAUCAUGAACCAAGUUCAGCACCCCGACGAGGCCUCCACCUACGGCGGCGCCGGCACCGUCGGCUACCUCGGACCCAUCAAGGUUCCGGGUGUCGAGGCCGAACCCACCCAGCCCGUCGCCAUCACCGGAGCAACCGGCACGUUCUUCGGAGAAUCCCCCUACCCGGAGACCUCCGCUGCGCAACAGUCGAACAUGGCCUCCCCUUGGAUCGUGUACAAGGGCCUCUUCCAGAAGCUGCAGUACACCGAGAUCAUCCGAUCCGGUCAGAAGGUCGGCGGUGUCACCUUCGCCGAGCUCCUCGACGAUAGCGGCAAGACCAUGCCGCACUCCUCGGAACUCGGGAGCGUGGCCACAAUCACCGGCAUGAGUGACAGCGGCAAGUCCACCCUCGCAUACGACGCCGCAAUCGGCAAGGCCAGCAAGACCAAGAUCUCCAACAUGGAGGAUUUCGUAUCCAUCCUCAAGACCCGCAACAAGGCCACGCCAAACACUCUCUGGGCCGCCGUGCACCUCGAGGAUCGCCCCGCGAACAUCCAGGUCCUUCGUCUCAAGCAGAACCCCGGCACGGGCAUCCUCACCCCUGACAAGAUCUUCCACGCCGAUUUCUCCGCCGACAGCGGCCUCAUCGCCACCUGCGCUGGUUCCGUUUCCCCGUGGAACACCCACCUUGGAGGCGAGGAGUGGGGCGUCCCGAGCUCCCUCAAGUGGGACAGCGCCGUCACCGGUGCCUACACGAAGACUUCGGAUCUGGGCGGAGACGUUCUGUCGCUGCGCCAUCUCAGUCUCCACGACGAUGACCUCGCCAAGAUUAAGAAAUCCUGGACUCCGUACAUGCACCGCUGGGUCAACGAGGUCUCCAUCGACGAUUCCAAGUCCGCCGAUGAGCCCGUCAUCACUGCCACCAAGCACUACUCCAUGGGCCGCUACUCCAUCGAGCUCCCGUACUGCGUCGAUGCUACUCCCCAGGUGUGCUACAUCACCGACGACUCCAACACCGGCGUCGCCGCGAUGUUUGUCCCUGACAAGGCCAACGACCUCUCCUCUGGCGAGCUUUUCGCCAUGAAGGUCACGCAGACAUCCGCCAAGGGCGUCGGCGCUGGCAAGUUCGACGUCGAGUGGGUCUCCCUCGGCAAAGCCUCGAACGCGCAGGUCAAGGCCCUCAUGACCAAAGCCGAUGGCAGCUACAUCAAGUUCACCGACAUGUUUGAAAUCGGCACCAAGACCGCCGGCCCCAACGGCGAUUACGACUUCACUUGCGCUUCCGGCUUCAAGGCCACCGUCGUCGACGGCGGCGCGAUGUGCCUCAAGCUCAAGACCGGCAUGGAGAUCGCCGCCUCCCGAUUCGAGACCCGCAUCUACGCCGCCUACGUUGGCGCAAGCUCCCAGUGGCGCAAGCUCGAGGGCAUCACCUGGUCAGAGAACCGCAAGGAGAUGUACUUCGCCAUCUCUUCCAACGAAGCUUCCAUGGAGCACAAGCUUGACAGCAAGGGCGACCAUGCGGAAGGUGAUCACAUCGGCAUCGAGAAGAACACCUGCGGCUGCGUUUACCGCGCGCCCCUUGACGCCAACAACCGCAUCAAGUCCAUCUCUCCCCUCAUCUGCGGCGUCCCCAAGGACAAGUCCUUCAACACCGAGGACAAGCUGGGACACACGGACGGCGACGACGAUUGCGACAUCCACAACAUCGCCAACCCCGACAACGUCGCGUUCAUGAACGGCCACGACAUUCUCCUCAUCGGCGAGGACACCUCAAAGCACAAGAACAACGCCGUCUGGGCCUACCACAUGGAGACCCACGGCCUCACCCGCAUCAGCACCGUCGUCCAGGAGGCCGAGACCACCGGCGUCUGGUACCACGAGAACAUCAACGGCUGGUCCUACAUCAUGAACCAAGUUCAGCACCCCGACGAGGCUUCCACCUACGGCGGCGCCGGCACCGUCGGCUACCUCGGACCCAUCAAGGUUCCGGGAACGGCCGCGGUUGGCGUGGACAACGGCGGGAAGAAGGCGAUCGAGCUCAACGCCGAAGCCGCCAAGGCAGCCGCGGUCUCCGGCGCCGUCUCUUUCGUGACCAUCGUCCCCGCCAUCUUCGCGGCCGUGCUUGCGCUCAUGAUGUGA